UCUGUUUUCCAAUUUCAGUUGAGAGAUUGUGUUUUAAAUCGAGCGGACGUGUGUACGGAAAAUAAAAUAGCUUCAAAUCGUGUUCAAAGUAAACGAAGAAGCAAAACAAAAAAAAAAAGUAUAUAACCUAGCAUUUGCAACAACAAAAUAAGCAUAUUGCCCGAAAAGAAACGACUCAGUCCCAAAGCUAACCAAGAUUCUAAUUUUGGUGAUUUUUGUUUUGGAGCAUGAGAUAAUCUUCGAACAACAUAACAACAUUGUAAACACUGGAUGGAGAGAAGUAUCUGGUAAUGAUCGAACCGAAGCAACACCGGCCAUAAAACUUACAAACUAAAAUCAACAACAACAACAACAACCACAACAACGGUUACAAGUCUAACAACUCGAUUCAGUCCAGAGCAGCGCUUGGAAAAGAACAGUGUGUGCAAAGAUCAAAUCAAUCGCCGUCAUCAACGUGUAUAGAAGCUAGAAAUACAAAACAAAAAAAGAACGGAGAAAGAAAGAAACAAACAAAAAAGCAUAACGUAUUUUACCAACAACAAAUUAUCCCCCUCCGAAAAAAGUACAACUUGUACGGAGCAGAGAGCCCAAAAAUAAACUCAAAGUUUACCUUGAUUUCUUUUCUUCUUUGAUAUUUUCCGGUUUCUAAAGGUGGUGCAGAAGCAAACGCGAACGUUCUGUUUUUUUUUCUUCUUCUUUUUUACGCGCGAUCACCUGGAAUUUUUCGUCUAACAAAUUGUAUUGUUGACUACGACAACAAAAAAUCGAAAAAUUACAAAGAAAAAAUAAAGUGUGUGCGUGUGUUCGUAAACCUUUCUACUCCGACAAUUUCUGCAACCUCAUCACCGAACAUCUGAAAAGGAUUUCUGCCUUGUCUUCAAGAAAUAAGGGAGAGUCAAAUAACUGCUGCCGCUACCUAAUAUUGGAGUAGAGCUUUUCUUUUCUUUUUUUUGGCGGUUCCACAGAAAAUCAUUCACGCUGGAUUUGGGAUAUUACGAAGCUGUUAAAGCAUCACAAUAUGAGCCGGGCGGUUAUUCAUUGCAAUCACAGACGAGUCGCAACUCAGCCAACAUGACACAGCGCGAUGGCAUUAUGAAAUUCGAAAAUGAACGAAUUAAGACAUUGCAGGAGGAGCGUCUGCACAUACAGAAGAAGACCUUCACAAAAUGGAUGAAUUCCUUUCUGGUAAAGGCAAAGCUAGAGGUCGAAGACCUUUUCACGGAUUUAGCAGACGGUGUCAAACUGUUGAAAUUACUUGAAAUAAUAUCCGGUGAAAAGCUGGGAAAGCCAAAUAAUGGACGCAUGCGUGUCCACAAAAUCGAAAAUGUCAACAAGAGUCUGGCAUUCUUGCACACCAAGGUCCGCUUGGAAUCCAUUGGUGCUGAGGACAUUGUCGAUGGCAAUCCCCGUUUGAUUUUGGGUUUGAUUUGGACCAUCAUUUUGCGGUUUCAAAUUCAAGAAAUUGAAAUUGAUGUGGACGAAGAAAACGAAUCGUCUGAAAAACGUUCUGCCAAAGAUGCUUUACUGUUGUGGUGUCAGCGUAAAACUCACGGUUAUCCCGGUGUCAAUAUUCAAGAUUUCACCUCGUCAUGGCGUUCCGGUUUGGGUUUCAAUGCUCUGAUCCAUUCGCACCGUCCCGAUUUGUUUGAAUACAGCACAAUUGUUAAUUCGAAAAAUUCAAAUAUCGACAAUUUGAAUCAUGCCUUUGAUUUGGCCGCCACCGAAUUGGGUAUACCAAGUUUAUUGGAUGCCGAAGAUGUUGACUCGGCCCGUCCCGAUGAAAAAUCAAUUCUAACAUAUGUGGCCUCAUAUUAUCACACCUUUGCUCGCAUGAAGAACGAGCAAAAGAGUGGAAAACGUAUUGCCAAUAUUGUGGGCCAAUUGAUGGAUGCCGAUCGCAAGAAAAUCUAUUACGAACGUUUGACCACCAACUUGUUGAGCUGGAUUCGGCAAAAGACUAUUGAGUUGCAAAAACGUGAUUUCCCCAAUUCUCUGGAGGGCAUUCAAAGAGAGUUGUUGGCCUUCAAGGAGUACCGAACAAUUGAGAAACCACCAAAAUACAAGGAACGCAGUGAAAUCGAAGCUUUAUAUUUCACAAUCAACACUCUGUUGAAAGCGCUGAAUCAACCUCCAUACAAUCCCCAAGAUGGCCAACUGGUCAACGACAUUGAAAAAGCUUGGCAGCUGCUCGAAUAUGCUGAGCAUCAUCGUGAAGUUGCACUGAGAGAAGAGCUGUUGCGUCAAGAGAAACUGGAACAGUUGAAUUAUAAAUUUGAAAAGAAAUCUGUGCUGCGUGAAGGCUAUCUGAAGGAAAUGAUUCAGGUGUUGUCGGAUCCACGCUAUUUGCGGCAGGUGGAUGCCACGCUGAAAAAACACGAAGCCAUUUCGGCUGAUAUUCUGGCACGCGUUGAGCGUUUCAACGAUUUGACCGCCAUGGCCAAUGAAUUGGAACGAGAAAAUUACCAUGGCAAAGAGCGGGUGAAACGCCGUGAAUUUGAGGUUAUGGAGAAAUGGCGUAAAUUGCUCGAACUGUUGGAGAAUCAACGUUUGAAUCUGUCACAAAUGAGCACGCUCAUGAAUUUGUUGCGUGAAGUGGCCAGUACCACCGAGUCUAUUAAGGAGUUGCAGGUUCAAUUCAGAUCCGAAGAUGUGGGUCCCCAUUUGUUGGGCGUUGAGGAGCUAUUACAAGCCCAUUCCCUGCAGGAGUUACAGGUGAAUACCUAUGGUGAAACCAUUAAGCGGUUUACGCGCCAGGCACAGCCCUUCAAAUCGUCCGAACACAAAGAUGCCGCCGUUUUGGCCCAGAAAUUGGCAGAGCUGGAAACCGCCUAUAAGGUUCUGCUGGAACUAUGUGCCAAACGUCGCGCCUGUCUGGAGGAGGCUCGUAAUUUCCAUCAUUUCAUGGAGGACUAUGACAACGAAGAAGGAUGGCUGGUGGACAAGCAGCGUAUUUGCAAGACCGGCAUUACUGCCAAGGAUUUGAGAGCUGUUCUGUCGCUGCAGCAAAAACACAAAGCUUUGGAGGAUGAAAUUAAAGUGCGCAAACCCAAGUCACAACAAAUGUCCGAUGCCGGCAAACGUUUGAUGGCCGACAAGCAUCCACGUUCGACCGAGGUCAAAUCACGCAUAGACAGCCUUGAAGAACACUGGAAGGCUUUGGAGGAGUUGGUAGAGACACGUCGCAAACAAUUGGAAGAUGCCGCCGAAGCCUAUCAAUUCUACACCGAUGCCAAUGAAGCCGAAUCGUGGCUCAAUGAAAAAAUGGCAUUGGUCAAUUCCAAGGAUUAUGGCAAUGACGAGCCCUCCGCCCAGGCCCUUCUGCAGAGACAUCGUGAUUUGCAAGGUGAAUUGAAUGCCUAUUCCGGCGAUAUACUGAAUCUUAACCAACAAGCAGAUAAACUUAUCAAGGCCGGCAUUUGCACCCUGGAGCUUUCGGCCAAUGAACCAGAAAUGCCCGAAAUAGAACAACAACAAGAAGAAUGGGUGAAUGAGACACGUCUGGUGCCCAAAGAGGUGUGGGAAGAUGAAUGGGUUGAGAAAUUGGAACACCGCAAGGUAACCGAAACUAAAAUGCUACCCCAUGUCCGUGCCAUGUUUCCCUUCGAUGGUCAAGGCAUGAAAAUGGAAAAGGGUGAGAUAAUGUUGCUCAAAUCCAAGACCAACGAUGAUUGGUGGUGUGUGCGCAAAGAAAAUGGCCACGAAGGCUUUGUACCCGCCAACUAUGUGAGGGAAAUUGAACCACGUCCCGUAACCUGCAUUGUACCCAAAGCAGAAAAGGUGAAGGCCCUGCAAAAGGUCAAGAAAACUAUUCUGGUAAGGCAAGUGGUGCCGGUAAAACGCGUCAAACCCAUGACAGUGGCGCCCAAGCCAUUGAUCAAACGCCGCACCUCAAUGAACAGUAUUAACGAAAACUCGGACAGUGUAGAAAAGCGCCAGAAAAGGAUCAAUGCCACCUACGAUGAGCUACAGGAUAUGGCCCAGAAACGUCAUGCCCUCCUGGAGGAUUCUAUUCAUCUGUUCGGUUUCUAUCGUGAGUGUGACGAUUUCGAGAAAUGGAUGAAGGAAAAGGAGCGCAUUGUUAAGAGUGACGAGGGUGGCGAGGGAGUUGAAAAUGCCAAGCGCAAAUUCGAAAAAUUCCUAACUGAUUUAUCUGCAGCCACCAAGCGCAUUGAGGAAAUCGAUUCAGCCGUAGACACUUUCCGUAGACAAGGUCACUCCCAGCUGGACAAAAUCAUUGCUCGUCAAAGACAAAUCCAUCAAAUUUGGCAGAGACUCAACAAUGCCAAGGCCCAAAAAGAAAAGAGUUUGGAGGGAGCCUCCAGUGUCGAACUGUUCAAUCGUACAUGUGACGAAGCCAAGGUCUGGAUGAGUGAGAAAAUGAUACAGUUGGAUACGGCCGUCAUCAGUCCGGAUUUGAAAACUGUGCAAGCCUUGCAGCGCCGUCACCAAAACAUGGAACGUGAGUUGGCCCCCAUUGAGGACAAAGUGAAUCGCGUCAAUUAUUUGGGUAAUUCGGUGAAGAAUGCCUACCCUGCUGAACGUGAGAAUGUCACAGCCCGCCAACAAGAGGUCCAAGAGAUGUGGUUGCAAGUCCACAACAAGAGCAGUGAGUUGAGGGCCCGCAUUGAGAGUGCUGUAGGUACGCAAAUUUUCAACAACAGUGCCAAGACGCUUUUGGCUUGGAUCGAGUCGGUUAAAGAUCAAUUGAAUUCCGAUGAGCCUGCCCGAGAUGUGGAGACUGCGAAUAAGCUACUGAAGCAGCACAACGACUUGGGUGAUGACAUCAAGGCCCACGACAAUGAAUUUGCCGAAGUUAUCCAGCUGGGCAAACAAUUGUCCGAUGGUAAACCUAACACCGAGGAAAUUGUUAAGAUCUGUGAACGUUUGAAGGCCGAACAGGAUGCCAUUCAUCGCGGUUGGUUGGAGAAACAGAAAUGGUUGCAACAAGGUGUUGAAUUGCAAAUAUUCAACCGAGAAGCCGAUAAAAUCGAUGCCACCACCAAGAGCCACGAAGCCUUCCUGGCUCCCAAGAAUUUGGGUAAUUCCCUGGAUGAGGUUGAAGCCAUUUUGAAACGCCACUUGGACUUUGAGAAGAGUCUGAUGGCCCAGGAUAAAAUCCUAAAGGCCUUUUCCGAUAAUGCCGACAAAUUGAUUGCCAACGAUCAUUAUGACUCCAAAUACAUUGAUGAUAGACGCAAUCAAGUGUUGGCAAAACGUAAAGCUGUCAAAGACCGGGCAUUCGAACGUAAACGCUCCCUACAGGCCUCCAAAGACUUCCAUAAGUUUGCCGCCGAAGCCGACGACCUUGAUGCUUGGCUCAAUGAUAAAACUAAAAUUGCCGGUGAUGAAAACUAUCGCGACCUAGUCAACUUGCCAAGGAAAUUGCAAAAGCACAAAGCUUUCGAAAGGGAAUUGCGUGCCAACGAAGGUCAAUUGCGCAACAUCAACAAGGAUAGCGAACAAUUGAUUGCUGCCAACAAUCGCAAACCGGAAGUUGAGAACAGAGUAGCCGACCUGAACAAGAAAUGGAAAGACCUUUUGAUUCUGUCCGAAGACAAGGGACGUAAACUUGAACAAGCUGCCUCCCAGCGUGAACAUAAUCGCGCCAUCGAAGAUGCCAAAAAGAAAGUCGGUGAACUGGACGCCGCCCUCAAGAGCAAGGAUGUUGGCAAUGACCUCAGAAGCUGUAAGGAUUUGAUCAACAAACAGCAGCUGCUGGAAUCCGAAAUUACAAUGUGGGAACAAAAGAUUGGUGAAUUGGUUUCAUCGGGUGAAGAAAUGGCCCAGGAAGGACAUUUCAAUGCCGCCAACAUCAAGGAUGAAUCCAAGGACAUACAACAUCGCUUCAAACUCUUGCGUGAUCCCAUGCAAAAGAGACGCGAUGAAUUGGAGGAGAGCCUUAACUAUCACAAAUUUGUAUUCGAAUUGGACACCGAAUUCCAAUGGAUCAAUGAUCACUUGCCCGCUGCCAAGUCCAACGAAUUGGGACAAAAUCUACACCAGGCCCAAUCACUUUCCAAGAAACACAAAAAAUUGGAAGCUGAAAUCAAGGGACAUCGUCCCAUGAUCAACAAGGCAUUGCAGGCUGGCCAAGCCUUGGUGGCCCAAAAACACCCCGAACAAGAAAAGGUGAAGGACUUGUGCAACCAGCUCGAGGAUGCAUGGAAUGAUUUGGAAUACAACACCAAUGAGCGUAGCAAGAAAUUGGAAAUGUCUCUCAAAGCCCAACAAUAUUUGUACGAUGCUGGUGAGAUCGAGGCCUGGUUGGGUGAGAAACAAAACGUUUUGCGUUCGACCGAGUAUGGCAGAGAUCGUGAUUCGGCCGCCAAACUUCUGACCAAACAUAAAACAAUUGAAUUGGAAUUGGAUACCUAUACUGGUAUUGUCACCGAAAUGGGUCACAAUUGUGCCGCCAUGGUAGCCGCUAAUCAUCCAGACAGCAAGAUUCUCUCGGCCAAACAACAGUUGAUUGAAAAAAUGCUGAAAUCGCUUCACAAGCUUGCCUCUCAACGACAACUGCGUUUGAUGGAGAGUCUCUACAUGCAUGAAUACUUCUUGGAAUCGGAUGAAGUGGAACAAUGGAUUAGAGAACAGGAACAAGUUGCCUCUUCGGAAGACUAUGGUCAGGAUUAUGAACAUUUGCAAUUAUUGCAAAAUAAGUUCGAUGAUCUAAAGCAUCGCGUUGAGGUUGGUGCCGAUCGUGUCGACCAGUGUGAGGUCUUGGCCAGGAAACUUAUUGACACCGAGAGCCCCUAUGCCCCAGAUGUGGAAAAGAGACAAGAGCAGUUACGUGGCUCCUGGGAAAAUCUUCUCAAGUUGCUUAAUUUGAGAGAACAGAAAUUGCACGCCGCCGGUGAAAUUCAUCGUUUCCAUCGUGAUGUUGCCGAAGCCCUGUUCCGCAUCCAAGACAAAAAUGCAGCUCUCUCCACGGAAUUGGGUAAAGAUUUGAACUCCGCCCUUGCACUGAUGCGUAAACAUGAAGGAUUUGAAAACGAUUUGGUAGCCCUGGAGGCCCAAUUGCAAGUUUUGGUCGAAGACUCAGUACGUCUCCAAGCCAAAUAUCCAUCUAAUGCUGCUGCUAUUGCCCAACAACAAGAUAAGGUGGUGGCUGCUUGGAACGAUUUGAAGGAGCGGUCUGGUGCACGUGGUGACCGUUUGGCGGCCAGUUACGACUUGCAGACAUUCCUCACUGAUGUCCGUGACAUUAUGUCCUGGUCUUCACAUUUGCGAGCUUCAUUGCAAGCCGAGGAACAUGUUAGCGAUGCUGCCGGCGCCACAGCUUUGAAGAUUCAACACGAUGCCAUUUAUGGUGAAAUCGAAGCUCGUGAAGAUAAAUUCCGUUCACUUAAUGAACUCAGUGAUUCCAUGGUUCAGACCGGCCACUAUGCCGCAGCUGAGGUGGAGGAGAAAUGUUCAGCCAUGUUGGAUGAACGUGCCAAGUUGCACACUGCCUGGAACAAGAAGAAAAUCAUGUUGGAGCAAAAGAUUGACCUCUUCUGCUUCCUACGCGAUGCCAAACAAAUCGAUAACCUGUCCAGCUCUCAACAGGCAGCAUUGUCAAGUUCCGACUUUGGCCAGACCGUCGAAGAUGUCCAGAAUCAAAUCAAGAAACACGAUGAGUUCGAAAGACUCAUUCAAACUCAAGAAGAAAAAGUGGCCCUAUUGCAGGAGCAUGGCCGCAAAUUGAUUGAGCAGAGACAUUACGACAGUGCCAACAUCCAAACAAUCCUGCAAGGUGUCUUGGCCAGACGGCAAAAGGUUAAGGAUCUGUGUGCAGUGCGCAGGUACAAACUGGAGGAUGCACUUCUCUAUGCCCAAUUCGUCAGAGACUGUGCUGAGGCUGAAACCUGGAUCAAUGAGAAGAAGAAGAAAUUGGAAGCCGAUGGAGGCAACUACAAUGAAGUGUCUAACCUCGAUGAAAAGAUUAAGAAGUUGCAGAAACAUCAAGCCUUCCAGGCUGAGGUUGCCGCCAACCAAGGCAGAAUUAAGGAAAUCCAAGAGAAGGGUCUUAUCUUAUUGUCCAAACAACACGAGUCUUCGCCCGAAAUAAAGCAAGCCAUCGAUCGGGUGCUAUCCGCCUGGAAGAGUUUGUUGGAUGAACUUGAUAAUCGUGGCCGCGGCUUGGAGGAAGCCCAGGACAUUCUGGAGUUCAAUAACCAACUGGAUAAGAUUGAGGCAUGGAUUAGAGACAAGGAGAUGAUGGUCCAGGCCAGUGACACCGGCAGAGAUUUGGAACAUUGCAAUGCCCUAAUGCGCAAGUUGGACGAUGUUGACUCGGAUAUGCGUGUUGACGAUCAAAGGGUUAAACACAUCAAUAGCCUUGCCGAUAAACUCAUCAAUCAAGGAGAGGUGCCGGCGGAAUCUGCCAACAUUGACAAACGUCGACGUGACUUUAACAGCAAAUGGAGACAGUUGCAGGGAGCUCUCAAUGCUUAUCGCGCCUUGUUGAGCGGAGCUAAUGAGAUUCAUGUCUUCAAUCGUGACGUCGAAGACACUGCUGAACGCAUUGCUGAGAAAUCCUUGGCGAUGUCAUCGGAGGACACGGGUCGUGAUCUAGCUGCCGUGGAAGCUUUGAUUAGACGCGAAGAUGCCUUGGAACGUGAUAUGUCAGCUGUUAAACAGAAAAUUGCUGAACACGAACAGAAUGCUCGUUCGCUGCAAAAUAAAUAUCCCGAAAGAGCUAUGGAUAUUGCCUGUAAAUUGGAUGAAUUGUCAGGAUCAUGGAAGCAACUGCAGGAUCUGGCAGUGAAGAGACGCAACCUCUUGAACGAAGCCUACUUGGUCCAUAAAUUUGUAUCGGAUGUACGUGAGCUGGAGCUUUGGGUAAACGAUAUGGUAAAGAAAAUGAACGCCUCACCCACACCCAUGACCAUUGGCGAUUGUGAAAUUCAAUUGGAGUUGCAUCAGGAACGUAAAGUGGAAAUCGAUGGACGUGACAAGGCAUUCAAAGACCUCAAGAGCCAAGGAGAACAACUGUCAGGCAAAGACAAGUCCGACAAAGUAAAGAAAACUCUAAAAGUCCUGGAAGAGUUACAUCAAACUUUGCACGAUGCCUGGAAUCAACGUGCUCGUGAACUCACCGAGGCCCAUCAACUGCAGUUGUUCAAAGCCCAAGUGGAACAAGUUGAAAUAUGGUUGGGCAACAAGGAAGCCUUCCUUAACAACGAUGAUUUGGGUGACUCCUACACAGCCGUCGAGAGGCUUCUGAAAAAACACGAAGCAUUCGAAAAACUCUUGGACUCAGAUAAUGUCAGUCAACUGCAAAACUUUGCCAAGUCCAUUCUGGAGGGAGAACCAAGUGAUGCUGAUGUCAUAAGGGAAAAGUUGGCAUAUGUGGUUCGACGUAAGGAUAAACUCAAUAGUUUAUCUCAGGAACGUAAACAACGUCUCCAACAGUCACUGCAACUGCAAGAAUUCCUGCGCAGUCUCUAUGAAAUCGAUCGUUGGCUGGUGCAGAAAAUGCAAGUGGCCAUGGAUGAAAACUAUCGCGAACCCAGCAACUUACAGAGCAAAUUGCAAAAACACAAUGCUUUCGAUAGUGAACUUCUGAACAAUGCAUCUCGGGUGCAGGAUGUCAUCAAGGAAGGUGAACGCCUAAUCAGGUUCGAUCACUUUGCCAAGGAUGAAAUUGCCCAGCAAUUGGAAAUGUUAGAGGCCGAUUGGUUGAAACUGAAGUCGGCUUCCAAGGAAAAGAAACACAAGUUGAACCAGGCCUAUGAAGCCCUUACCUUCAAUCGCAACCUAGAAGAGUUCAAUAACUGGAUGGACGAAGUCGAAUUGCAUGUCUCCAAUGAAGAUUAUGGCAAAGAUUUGGCUGCCGUAACAAAUUUGAUUAAAAAACAUGAACGUCUAGAAGCCGACGUGGCCCACCAUGCCGAAUUGGCCGAUCAAAUUAAGCAACAGGAUGAGCAAUUCUUCCAAGCCGAUCAUUUCCUUAAGGACGACAUCCAUGAGAGAGCCAUGGCCGCCAUCAAGCGUUACCAUACAUUGCAUGAACCCUUGGGUAUCCGCCGGGAAAAUCUGGAAGAUUCUCUAAGCUUGCAACAAUUCUUACGUGAUGCCGAAGACGAAUUGCAAUGGCUUAGCGAAAAAGAGGCCAUUGCUGCCUCGGAAGAUUUGGGAACUUCUCUGACAACUGUACAAACGUUGCAAAAGAAACAUCAAGCCCUGGAAGCUGAGCUGUUGUCGCAGGAGCCGUUGAUUCAGUCAUUACUUCAGCGGGGAGAACAAAUGAUUCGUGACAACCACUUUGCCCUGGAACAGAUUCAAUACAAAUGCGACUGUAUCAAGGGUAAAUUGGGUAAGUUGCGAGAAUUGUCCAGCAUCCGACGUUUACGUCUUUUGGAUGCAGUGGAAUCACAAAUGUUCUACGUUGAAGCCAAUGAAGCCGAAUCAUGGAUUCGUGAAAAACGUCCCAUUGUGGUGUCCAGUGAUUAUGGUAAGGACGAGUUGUCGGUUCAAACGCACCAGAAGAAAUUGGAAGUGCUCCAGCGUGAAUUGCAGUCAUUCAAACCUUCCAUUGAGAAGGUCAAUAAAUUGGCCUCCAAUUUGAUUGAACGUCAUCACUUCGACAGUGCCAACAUAAAGGCCAAACAGGAGACCGUCAACCAGCAGUACGAGGAACUGUUGCGUCUAGCCAAGGACCGUGAGGUACGUUUACACGAAAGUAAACUACUAUUCGAAUAUCUGCGUGAAACCGAAGAUCUGCACGAAUGGAUCAAUGAUCAAAUGGUUGUGACGGCGUCUGAAGAUUAUGGCGAGGAUGUGGAACAUGUCGAGCAAUUGAUUUUGGUCUUUGAAACAUUUGUUUCCAACCUCACAGCCAAUGAGUCCCGUGUUCAAGCCCAUCUCCAGAAGGGCGAAGAGCUAAUCAAGGAGAAUAAUCCCUAUCGUACGUCGAUCAAGACCAAACGCGACGAAACCAAACAACUGUGGGAGGAACUCAAAGAUCUAGUGGCCGCUCGCAAGGAUGCUUUGGAUGGUGCCAAACAAGUUCAUGUCUACGACCGCUUUGCCGAUGAAACCAUUGCCUUGAUUAACGAAAAGGAAGCCAACUUAAUUUCCGAAGAUUACGGCCAAGAUUUGGAAAGCAUUCAAGCCCUUAAUCGCAAACAUUUGGUAUUUGAAACCGAGCUGGAAGCCAUACGCGAUCAAGUGAACUCGGUAAUGAAUGAAGCCAAUAACUUGGCCGAAGUGUAUCCUGAUGCCAAGGAACACAUUGAGGUUAAACGCGACGAAACCAUUGAAGCUUGGGCCGACGUGACCGAAAAAUCCAAUGUUCGCAAAGAAAAGCUCCAUCAAGCCGAACAAUUGCAGUCAUACUUCGAUGAGUAUCGCGAUUUGAUUGCCUGGAUCAAUGAAAUGCUGGCCAAGAUCACUGCUCCCGAUUUGGCCAAUACCGUUGCCGGUGCUGAAUCCCUGUUGGCCAGCAUUAAGGAACAUCAUGCCGAAAUACGGGCCAGAGAUGAAGCAUUCGCUCAUUUCAAGAAUAAGGGUGAAAAAUUGAUUAAGGAAAAACAUUUCCUGGCCCAUGAAAUUGAAGAGAAGAUUCAAGUGCUGCAACAAAGACACGAGCUGUUGGAGAACACGCUGCAACAACGUAAGGAAAUCUACGAACUGAACUUGGACACACAGUUGUUCUUAAAGGAUGCCGAUAUCUUGGAGAAUUGGAUUGUCAGCCGUGAACCAUUGCUCAAGGACACCAAGUUGGGUGAAUCUAUACCGCAAGUGGAAGAUUUGCUGAGACGCCAUUCUGAUUUUGAAAAAACGGUAGAGGCCCAGGAAGACAAAUUCCAAGCCAUAAAACGCAUUACCCUACUGGAACAACGUUUCCGCAAACAAGUUGAAAGUGAGAAACUUGCCAAACUUAAGGAGAAGGAACGCCAGGAAAAAGAACGUUUGGAAAUGCUUAAGCAAAAGGAGUUGCAAAGGCUCAACGAAGAAAGAAGGCGGGCGGAGAAACAAAUGGAGAACAGAAACAAUGCCAACAACCAAGAGAAAUUGCCCAUUUUCUCUACGCCCAUGGUUACAACAACGCCAUCUUCGGCCACUAACUCGCCACAAACCAGCCAAGUGUCGUUGAGACCCACCUACGAAGAGGAUCAAUAUGGCCUGCAAAAGAGCUCUUCAUCCACGAUUUUCGGAGAUCGCUUGCGUCGCGGCUCUGAUCAAAAUGUCAAGAGAGCCGAAUCAAUGAAGGUACAGCCGAAACAACCCAAACGUACCCCCUCGUUCACCACCAGACGUCGUGCCCAAUCCUUCCGCAAGAACCAAAAGGGCGAGGGCUUCGAUUUGCCUCCCGUCGAAAUUCAAGGAAUGCUCGAACGUAAGCAUGGCUUGCAGUCGGGCGGCAAAAAGGCUCCCGUACGCUCAUGGAAACAAUUCCAUACAGUGCUGUGCGGCCAAUUGGUGUGCUUCUUCAAAGACGAAAAUGAUUUCUUGCAACAGAAAACCGCAACAGCACCUGUCAACAUUUUGGGAGCGAAAUGUGAACGAGCCGAAGACUAUACGAAGAAGAAGUAUGUGUUCCGUCUAAAGUUGCCCGACGGUUCGGAAUUCCUGUUUGAGGCGCCCUCAUUGGAAAUAAUGAACGACUGGGUUCGUAAGAUUUCCUUCCACGCUAGUCUGCCACCAAAUCUACAAUUGUUAAGCUAUGAUGAUUCUAUGAAGCAACAAUCCAACAGUUUUCCCGACAUUAAAGUGGCCAGUGCCCAAACAAUGGAAUCGCCGGUAAGUUCACGCACCUCAUCACCGGAUUCACAAAGGCGAACCGCUUCUCGUACCAAUUCAAUGACCAGCAGUAAUAUGUCGGUGAACUCUUCUUCGGUGACACCGCAAAUGAACUUUUUACAAAAACAAAUGCAACAGCAACAGCAACCUCCAUCACCGUCUUCUCCAACAUCCUCAAUUGGAUUUGAACAUAAACCGCCCAUACCACCACGCGGAGCCCCACCACCAGUACCCAAUCGCCAGAGUACAGACAAUUUGGUUGUCUUAAGAAAUCCCUCCACAGGAACAUCAGAAUUUGCCAGUUCAGAGAUAACAAUUAGCAGCAGUAUGUCACGUUUGCAAAAUGGUUCCAAUGACGACAACGUUGUCGUUAUUAAACGUCACAGCGAGGCUAGACAAUCGGAAAAUCCUCCACCUUUGCCAACAACAAUGCCACCGGCUGCUGCUGCUGGUCAGCAACAGCAAAUCCACCAGCAUCAAGCUCAAGUACAGCAACGCAUUAAUGCAUUCAAUGCCGCCGCAGCAUCUGGACAAUUGCCUGAACAGCAAGUCGCUGGAGGAGGUUACAUACGCAGCCAACAACAAUAUAAAGUAAUGCCAGCUCCACGCAGCAGCCUGGGUGCAAAUACAUCGGGACGUUCCGAUCUUGUAUCGAAGUUUAUAGAAAUGGAAAGCACGGCGGGUCUACAGCAAAUGCAGCAAUAUGGUGGCAAUCCUCCUCCAACAUUGUCCUCCACAAAACGUAUCGUACACACAACAAUUUCCACAGGUUCCAAUUCCAGUGUUGGAAGCGGUGGUAGUCCCAAUUCUAACAAUGUGAUUCUGCGUACCGGUAGCAGUGCCAGUACGACCAACAAUAACAAUGGUUGGGGAACAAGCCGGUUCGAAUCCAAUAGACCAGUAUCACUGCAACCCGAUUCAAUAAAUUUGUCACGCGUCUCCGCCGAAAGUUCCAGUGAGAGCGAAGCUCAAUCCAUAUCCUCCGUUUCCGGCGUCAAAGGUAGCAAAAGCAAAGAAGAUCGUCGCAGUGGCGUUUUCAGAAUAUUCGGACGAAAAGGUGGCGACAAAGAGAAGGAGAAAGACAAACGCCGAUCAAGUCAAUUGCCACAAUAGGUAUCGAUCAACUAGCAAUGUACAGACCCCAGCUCUCUACGAUGGCCGUAGAAGAUGGACGAUUUAGAAAUAGUCCACAGCAUGGUUGGUGUUUGUUUAUUGCAGCAAAAAAAAAUGCCAACAAACCACCAACCGAAUGCUGUGCAAAAUUUAAAGGCAUUCAGUACACAUAAUGUUUUGUUUUAUUACUUAUUUAUAAAGUUUUUUUUUUAUAUAUAGAAAAUACAGAAUGUACGAAAACAUUUUUUUAAUAUAUA